CAUCGAUGUAUUUUUCAUCGCUUUUUCAUGCUGUCUCAUCGUAAACAAUAUCAACAUUGUUAAGCGCUUUUACAAUUGCUCAAAAAAAUGAACCACACAGCAGACAAACCUCGACAAAUCGGAUUUGACAGGCAGUUUUCAGCGGACGUGAAUGGCGUCCCUACGGAGAUAGUGUUCCACUGCUUCGCCAAGAAGUGGUUUUUAGUCAUAACGCAGCUCGGCAAGAUUCCCGGCAUCUACAACGUGCACUUCGAUGUCAAAAAGGACGAAAGGGUGGUUCCCUACCUGCACGGACCAGUGGACAAUCCGGAGUUCCACGUAUCGGUGCCCAUCACGAUGAACUGCUGCUUGGGCUUGGACACUGACGAGACCCGCAGCGCCAUCCAGUUUCUGGUCAACAGAACCGGACUCCACAAGUGCCCGACGGAGUUCGUGGUGGGCUUGGGUCUCAAGCAAAUCGACGGACCCAAUCUUCGUGCCCUAGCAAAGAUCCUCGAGGAGGCGUUAUUCUAGUCUACGUUCGUUAUAUCCAAUAAAUAUUAGCUGUAAGACAGCUUUUGUAAAAAAAAA